AUGACUUGGCCCUUAAUUUGGUCUGAUAAUAAUUUAUUUAUUUUAGCAUUUCUUGUUCGUUUAUUUUUUAUUUUAUAUGCUCGAAUUCACGAUUAUUUAUUUAAUUUAAAUUUUACUGAUGUUGAUUACGAAGUCUUUACAGAAGCUGCACUUUUGGUUUUACAAGGAUCUUCUCCAUACAAUCUUUCAACUUAUAGAUAUUCACCAAUUAUUGCGUGGAUUCUUGUUCCUAAUUAUUUAUUUGCAGAUUUUGGUAAAGAAAAUUUUUUUAUUCGAAAAAAAUACUUUUUUAAAGGGAAAAUAAUUUUUUCGAUUUUGGAUGUUUUUGUUGGUUGGAUACAAUUAAAAUAUUUUACUCAAUUUAACAAAAUCUCUACAACAAGUAAAGAAAUAAUUUCAAACAAAUUAAUUUUAUUUCGUCGUUCAAUUUGUCUUCUUUGGUUAUUUAAUCUUUUUAAUAUAAUUAUUGCAACUCGAGGAAAUUCUGAUGCUUUAAUUUGUUUUUUAAAUUUGUUGACAAUGCUUGAAUUAUCUAAAGGAAAUUAUUUAUUCUCAGCAUUUAUUCAUGGAUUAGCAACACAUUUGAGAAUAUUCCCUUUAAUUUAUUUUCCUUCAAUUUUUCUUCAUUUAUCCAAUUAUAAAAAUAAAAAUUUGGGAAAUAUUAAAUUAUUUAUUUUAAAUUGUUUACAAAACAAGAGGGGAUUUUUAUUUAUUUUUAUAAGUAUUUUCUCUUUUUUGCUUUCAACUUUUAUUUUUUAUUUAUUUUAUGGACAAUCAUUUAUUUAUUCUUCUUUUUUGUAUCAUUUAACAAGAGUUGAUGUUUCUCAUAAUUUUUCUCCAUAUUUUUUACCUUUAUAUUUGUCAAUGAAUAAUAGAGAAUGGACUAAAUUUAUUGGAAUUUUUUCAUUUUUUCCUCAAAUUAUUUGCAAUGCUUUUUUUGCAUUAAAAUUUUCAAAUGAUUUGCCGUUUUGUUGGUUUUUGACAACAUUUGCAUUCGUCUCUUUUAAUAAAGUUAGUACUUCUCAAUAUUUUAUUUGGUAUUUCUGUUUUCUUCCUUUAAUUAUUCAUAAAAUUAAAGUAAUUGGUUAUUGCCUGCUUAUUUACUCGAAUUUUGUGGAUAUAAUACAUUUAUUUGGAUUUGGUGUUCGAUUUGACAAACUAAAAGGGCAACACAUUUUAAAGAAUCCUGGAGUUGUCCACGCAAUUAUUGAAAAGUCGGCAAUAAAAGGCACUGACACGGUAAUGGAAGUGGGAUCUGGUACUGGAAAUAUGUCACUAAAAAUUAUGCAAAGAGCAAAAAAAUUGAUAGCUUUCGAAAUAGACCCAAAAAUGGUUGCAGAAUUACAAAAAAGAGUUAUUGGAACUCAAAAUCAGUAUAAAUUAAAAAUAAUUACUGGUGAUGUAAUUAAAAUAAAAGAAUGGCCCCAAUUUGAUAUUUGUGUCUCCAAUUUGCCUUAUAAAAUAUCUUCGCCUUUUGUUUUUCGAUUAUUGUUGCAAAGACCUUUGCCAAGAUAUGCUGUUUUAAUGUUCCAAAAAGAAUUUGCUGAUCGUCUUACAGCCUCUCCUGGAAGUAAAUGUUAUUGCCGUUUAUCUGUUAGUGUACAAUUAUUAGCAAAAGUUGAACAUUUAAUGAAAGUUAAACGUUCAGAAUUUGUACCUCCUCCAAAGGUUGAUUCUGCUGUUGUACGCAUAGAACCUAGAUCUCCCCCACCAGCAAUUUGUUAUAAGGAAUGGGAUGGAAUGUUAAGAAUUGCAUUUAUGAGAAAAAAUAAAACUAUUCUCUCAUUAUUUAAACAAAAAAAUGUUGUUAACAUUUUGGAGCGUAAUUAUAAAAUUGUUUGUAAAUCAAAAGGAAAGGAAAUUUCUGAUGAUUUUUCUAUGGAAGAAUUAAUUGAACGAACACUUGUUGAUGGACAAUUUGCUAACCGGAGAGCAAGAACAAUGUCUAUAGAAGAUUUUCUUGCUCUUUUAAUAAAUUUUAACAAAGAAAAUAUUCAUUUUUCUUAA